AUGGCCACCGAUGCCCCCUCCAACUCGCGAGUCGAGCUCUACGACUCAACCAUGACCGUCCCCUCUGACUCGGAGAACUACUCAGCGAACCAUGAGAUGUCAGCCUCAUCCCCGUCAAGCUCAAGUUCUCCCUUGAUCCUCUAUAAGCCUCCGACCAUCUGGAGCAUUCUCCGUGGAGCGGCCAUCAACCUCUUUUUGCCGUUUGUCAACGGCCUGAUGCUGGGAUUUGGCGAGCUGUUCGCCCACGAGGCCGCCUUCCGACUCGGAUGGUCCAACACCAAGAUCUUCCCGACACACCGCCGGUCACAUCCCGUUGGUCCUGGAGUCGAGAUUCGCGAGCUUCCUUCACAGCGCAGGCGGACCGCUCCCGCCGGGUUGAAUGACACCGCGUCCCUGGAAUAA